GGCGAAGAAAGAAAUCGAUUACCCUUUCAAAGUCAAUUGAGUUGGAAAAAGAGAACAUUGAUAAGCAAAUGAAAGUGGCCAACAAACUUAUAGAGGAUGAAACAUCAGAAGAAGGAAGUAUCGGCCUUAAAGUUAUCAAAACAUACGUUUAUGGUGGUGGUUAUCUGUGUUUCUUCUGGGUGUGUCUAUCAGUGUUGGUGUACACUGGCUCACAGGUAUAUGCGAAUGUUUGGCUAAGUGCAUGGACCGCCGAUCCAUUGGUGAAUGGAACAAGACCUAAACAGGAUACAGAUUAUCGCCUGGCUGUAUAUGGGGUUUUAGGACUUGUCCAAA